GGGAAUGGGAGGGAUUGGUAUUUAAUUGAAGAUCUGAUAGAUUGUAUCGAAGAUGUUAUUGUUUUGUUUGGCCAAACGAAACGAAAUUGCUUAUCUGAACUAAACCUUCCUUCCUAUUCCUGCCUCAAAAGUCCCUUGGCGAAAUUUUGAUGUCCAUCUUGCCCUCCUCGCAAAAUCAAGCUUCAACAUCGUCGUCUUCAUCGUCCAAGUCUCCUUCUCAAAACCCUAAUUCCGAUAAUGGACUCCUCAUCUUUCGACAACUGCAACUCUCCUCUGACUCCCUUCCCCAACAAACUCAAACCAUGCAGAUCUCUAAUUCUCCAUCGUCUGUUGAUUUGUCCCACAACAUUACAGGACCGAUGGCUUCAACUGCGAAAGAUUCUGGUGGAUCUUCCAAAAAGGUGAAUGAAUCUGUCAAACCCAAUUGUAAGAGAAGCUUGGCUCACCAAAACAGUGGCACAAAGCCUUCUGUUGGCCGAGGAGGGACUGGAUCUGCCCAACGUAGUGAGGAACUGUUCGGAACCAUUGCUCCCUCACAAAGUCAACAGACUUCUGGGUCUAGCUGUUGUCAAGGGCGCACUAUGCAUUCAGCCGGCAGAAAGACACAGAUUGUGAACGGUAAUCAUUUGCUUAAUUUUCGUUAUGACCCUAUUUCUCGUCCACAACCAAGGGCUCCUCCUCCAAGAAGACAGCAGAAGAGAAAGCCUUACAACAAAGAUUUGUUCCUUCAAGCAAAUUAUAAAUUUGUUAUGUUGCAUUCUGGAAACUAUGCACCUGAUUCAAUGGAUCCAGAUAAAACGUUACAGUGGGAGGAUAUUGUCUGUGUCAAGUACUCCACCCCGUUUCCGGUACAGUGUCCAAUAUGUUUGGAAGAUCCACUUUGUCCACAGAUAACUUCAUGUGGUCACAUUUUUUGCUUCCCAUGUAUUCUCCAGUACUUUUUAAUGGGCGAAGAGGAUCGUAAACUUGAAGGCUGGAAAAAGUGUCCCUUGUGUUUUAUGAUGACAUCUUCAAAGGAUCUGUACACCAUCUAUAUUGAGAAUGUUAAACAGCAUUGCAUAGGUGAUGUUGUAGACUUUAUACUUUUAACCCGCCAAAAAGAUUCAUUUACGUUAUCUUUGAAAAACAAACAAGAGAUGGAUGCCAAUGAGGAAAUGAAUGAUUCCUUUUCCAAGUUUACUUUUACAACAGAUGUGGACCUGUCAGUUAGAAAAGCCAUAUCAGACCUUGAUAGUUGGUUAGCUAGAGCGGAUUCAGGGCUUGUGGAUGACCUAGAGAAACUUCCAUAUAUUUGUGCUGCAAUGGAACAAUUAGAGCAGAGGAAGAAGUAUUGGAAUGAGCAUGGUGUUGAUAAUGGCAAUAAGGAGUGUAAAUAUGGUGAUUGUCAGACAAGAUCUCAUGUAUAUCCACCAUCCGCAAAUGCUACUAAUGCUGAUCAUGAAGCGCCUGACUUCCUUUGGGGAACACUCUCUACUAAUGUCAAUGACAAAUUAAAGUGUUUAGGGAGCCCAAUUACAAAUAAGUUAGAUGGAGAGCCUUCUUUGGAUAAAACUGCAUAUGUUGUUGAAGCAUCAGAAGACCAGGAUGGAGUUUUAUCUUCUUCAUACGAUGAUAGCAAGAAUAUGCAAAGCAAUUCCAGUGGUUUUAGGGAUAGAAAGGACAGGGAUUCAUACAAUUUCUACCAGGCAGUUGAUGGUCAGCACCUCAUCCUUCAUCCGUUGAACAUGAAGUGUCUUCUACGCCAUUAUGGGAGCUAUGAGAUGCUUCCACACAGAAUUAGUGGAAAGAUUUUGCAGUUGGAGACAGUGACUCAAUCAGAGGCCAUGCGGAGGCGCUAUCGUUACCUAAGCCAUUUUUCUUUGACAACAACAUUUCAGCUUUGUGAAAUUGGUCUCAGCGAGAUAUUGCCUCCUGAUGCCUUUUCUCCAUUUAUGGAUGAAAUAAAAAAUCGGGAAAAGCAGAGGAAGCGGGUUGCCAGAAAGGAACGGGAGGAGAAGAUCAAGGCUGAAGUUGCUGCCACACAUUGUGUCCCGGUACCAUUUAAUUUUGCACAGUCCUCUCAUGAUGAUCCCCCAACUUUCUCUGUGGAUGACUUUGAAGCUUUGGGAAGUUGCCCUGUAACAUCAUCAAGUCCUCCAACUGUUGGAGAAAGGAAACUGUUCUCAAACAUUGCAAGGCUUGGUUUCGCUGCUGGGCAUGAUUCUCCAGCUUUGAAAGUUGAGGAAGCUCAUUUGCUUCCUAUAAUUCGUGGUGCAAGUGAUUCUUCUAAUGUAACCGGAAUGAGAAACGCAGGCACGCCAUCAUUUGCCAAUAUAAUAUCCAGAGCAAAAUCUGUUGAAGGUGAAGAUGUAUCAAAGAUGAAUGAGGUUGGAAAGAAGGGGAAAAAAUCAAGUCGAGUACUCCUGUCAACGGCUGGUGGUCGGCGCUACUGAAAACUUCAGGUCGAACGCCCUUGAAUGGAGCCUGUUUGACCGUUUAGAUGGCGUCAGUGAAUGAAUUCAUAUAUGAUCUCUGUAAUUGGAUAGGGAACUCUGGUGGCUAAUAUAUUCUGUAUACUCUUUUCCUAUUUGUAACUGAGCUGUUUAUAAAGUAAUGGGACAAUAAGUACACUUAUGGGUGGUGCGUGUGUUUUUUUUUUUUUU